AUGGACGAUCCAUUUGUGUCGUGCCCUUACGAUGCCUGUCACAGAGUACCCCGCUCUCGUAUACAAGCACACCUAAUUAAAUGCCAGGAAAGGUAUCCAAAAUUAGAAAUCUGUCCUUACAACGCAACCCAUCGUAUGUCUCUUAACGAAAUGAGGGAACAUGUUAAGACAUGUUGUAACCGCGCUUCGUUCUUUCCUAAUGAGAAGCAGACAACUGGGGCCUUAUUAACACCGAAGCCUAUAUUACAGAAGGAUUAUCUUCCUGAAACUGAUCCAAAUAAUGAGAUGUGGGAUUAG